AACGCAUAUAUAAUGAACGGAACAGCAUUCCGUCGAAUCUCUCAUAUCUACAAAUGAAAGUUCUACUAUUGUUGCUUUUGGUCUGUUGGCCCAGUGUUUGGAGUUACUCGCACUGCAGACAAGCAGUAUGUCGACAAUCGUCUUGCUGCGUCACAUUGUCCUGCAGAGCUUGCUCCUCUUGUAAUGAUGAUUGUAAUGUUCCACCGUCGCCGUAUCCAACUUUGCCGUAUCCAACUUCGCCGUUACCACCUUCGCCCUCACCGACACAACCAGAUGGCAGCAAAACAAACGUUGAUAAUAAUGCGAAACAUGAAACUAAAGUGGAUAACAAAAUAGAAAUCAGCAAUCGUGUCGACAAUAUGAACAAAAUUGAAAUACCUAUUAAUGUGAAUAACAACAACGUCAAUGUUAUUAGUUAUAGUCACAAAUCAUCUGCAACAUCAGUUAUAACACCGUAUCCACCACAUCCAACGCCUACACCACAUCCAACGAUCACAAUACCUCCAGGAACGUAUCCACCAACACCUCCACCAACGUAUCCACCAACACCUCCACCAACGUAUCCACCAACACCUCCACCAACGUAUCCACCAACGCCUCCACCAACGUAUCCAACACCGUAUCCAACACCGUGUCCACAACCACCGUAUCCGUCGUAUCCACCGUAUCCCCAACCGUGUUCACCACCAUGUCCAGCGCCGUAUCCAGCGCCGUAUCCAGCACCGUAUCCAGCACCGUAUCCAGCACCGUAUCCAGCACCGUAUCCACAUCCACAUCCGUAUCCUUGUUUACCCUGUCCACCGUGUCCACCGUGUAUUCCACAUAUUUGGUCAUCUUACCACCGCAAAACAUGUGAAACAUCAUCGCAUUGUAUUCCAUGUAACACUCAAUGCCAGCAGCAGUGUUACCAUAAUAGAUAUGGAAGAUAAUUGUAAAUCGCAAACUGAAAAUUACUUAAUUAUAUUCAGUAGUUUAUGUAUUUAUGUAGAAGCUUCCCUUUUAAUAAGCCAUCAAUGAUAUUAACGAAUAAAUAUAUUG